AUGCCUGAUAUUAAUUUUUCUAAAGAAGUUGUUAUAAAAGAUCCUAUUGAAAGGGUCACAAAACAAAUUUCGCCAAAAACAUUAAGUGAAGAUCCAAUUUUAUUCAUUCCAAUAGCCCUUAUUCGAGAAACACGACUAUUCUUCCACUUUGAUAGCAUCUAUAUAUCAACAUAUGGAGUGAUGAAAGAUGAAAAAUAUAUCAAUUUUGUCCCUUCUUAUUCAAAAGAUACAAUUUUAUAUAAAAAAGGCGAUGAAUGCUAUAGAAAAGCCAUUGUUGGAUUUUCACACCACACAGAAUUUGGUCACUUUAUAUGCGACAUGCUAAGCGCCUUGCUUCUUAUUCCAGGAAACUAUUUUGAAGAUGGUGUAAUUUUAGUGAAUUUUGGAAUCGAAAAUGCUAGAAAUUACAUGAAAUAUCUGAAUUUUGAUGAGAACAAAGUAUUCGAAUUAACAAAAGCAUGGAAUUAUGUAAGUGAAUGUCAUAUCCUAGUUGCCGAAGAAGGUGUUAAUGCGUUGUUAGUCGAAGGUUUACCACUCUUGAGAAAAAAGUUUUUUGAAAAUCUCCAUCUGAAUGAAAUAAAGCCCUCGAAGUUCAAUUUCUUGAACAGAAUAAAUGGCUUAUGGGGAAGAUUGAUUAAUAUCGAUGAGUUGAUAAAUAUUGCUAAAGAAAAAUAUAAAGGAAAAUAUGAAUUUGGUCAAAUUGGAGAUGAAAAAGUUUAUAAUGUUAUUGAAAUUUCCAAAUUGUUGGCAGAGACAAAAUUUUUGAUUACUUGUCCUGGAUCAAUGGUAAUGAAUGCAAUUUUCAUACAUGAAAAUACUUAUAUUCUUAUUUGUGGCCAUAGAAAACUAGAUGCACCCAAUGUCGGUGUUUGCUAUUCAUUGAACAUUUAUAUGAUUUAUGCGAAUGGAGAUUUGCCAUAUAAAAUUGUUAACGAUCAUCCAUUUCCGAUUUAUACCUUCACAUUUGCUUUAGAGCAGAUGAUAUAUAUGAUUGAAAACGGAAAGUGGAGUGAUAAAGUUUUUGAAAAAUACAAAUAUAGUUAUGAUAUAGAAGAAUUGAAAUCAACACUCUAG